AGCGUUUAGAUAGGUGGCAACAAUGAGGGUGUUAGAGAAUUUCGGGCACCCAAAUUACAAUCAUUUAAGAAUAUUUUGGAUAGAAUGUCGCCUGAUAAAGAGAAUACACCUCACUCUCCAAGAGCCUCUCCAGAUAAGCAAACAUGUGAAAGUAGCCGUUACUUACAAAAUGAAUUAGAAUCACUCGAAAGAGAACAGCACCAAAUUGAUGAACAAGCUGCAAGACUUGAAAAGAGACUGAGAAAGAUAAUGGAACUCAGUACCCGGAGCGAUGACGAGGAACGAUUGAUGCAGCAGUGGUUUACACUGGUUAACAAGAAGAAUGCUCUCAUUCGUCGCCAGAUGCAGCUCAACAUUCUAGAGAAGGAGGAGAACUUGGAGAGACGGUUUGAGCUGCUGAACAGGGAGCUGCGAGCAAUCUUGGCUAUCGAGGACUGGCAGAAGACGGAGGCGCAGAAGCUGAGGGAAAAGUUACUGCUGGAGGAGUUGGUGACCAUUGUCAACAAGAGGGACGAACUGGUCAUCCAUCUAGAUAAUCAGGAGAGAGCGAUUGACGAGGACGAGCAAAUCGAGCACGACGUGUCGAGGGCGAGCAUCAAGCCGCAGGAGAAGUGCGCCCUCAUGUAAGCGUGGUCCAGGUCCACCUCCAAACCCUGCACCCUUUCAAGUACAAGGCGGUGCGACUCUCACCCUCCACAACACAGCCGUCCUGUUAGGCUGCCGCUGCUGCUGCCGCCGCUACCAAACGCCCUUGCCCGCCGCCACGCCCAUGCCUACGCCUGCCUUCAUCAACCCAGACCGCCGCCAAUACCUCCAUCAACUUAAACUGCCGCCCACAUUUGCUGGUCAUUGUGAAGUCAAAGAAUGCCAACUGGUUGCAUGUAUGUAGGCCUGUAGACCAAAGGUUAAAACCUGCUGCAGAAGUCGAAGAAUCAAAGCGGUGUGUUGCUGACAGUACUGUAGAAAAGACCUCGCAGAAACAGCUUUAUUGCGACAAAUAAAACUGCUCUGCAAAAUGGCUUUUCUUCAGUAGUCAAAUGAGUGUGUUAAAACUAAUGCAGAAGUUAAGAUUUGUUAGAACUCUUAGAAGCCAAAGACCUUGUUUAUGAGGGCCUCUGAGGAGGAAAGUUAGCAUUCUUGUGAUGACCAAUGGCACACCUCUCCGCUUGCCUUGGGCCUUUGACAAAGCUGUUUAUAGGGAGUGCCACGGCACUCUUAAUGUGCCAGGUUCUCUGUAGGGUUAUAAGCACCUCUCAAUUCCUGUGCCAUCACUUCUGUUUACCCAGACGAGUAUCUUAACCUGUGCUGCCCUGCAAGAAGCUCGUACAACCUGUGUUUCCUUGCAUCUCAGUCACACUUCAAACGCAUGACGUGUAAAGCACAUGACAGUGUACAGCUUUAACACUGGUGUUGCCACCAAGGAACGUCACUACUGUAGUUGGUGUCUCUUGACUGUAGCUGACCGGUAUUGGUCUCCGUGUUACCCAGUACAGGGGCACGGAAACAUUAUUCAACGUUUAUCUUAGCCAAGUCUGUAAUUUGAUGGGCUGGUUCACCUGUCCAAGUACGCACGUACUUACGUACACACACACACUUCCCCAAGGGACAGCACUGGGACCCAUACUAUUCAUGAUAGGUCAACAACAUCCUUAGAACUUGUAAAUUAUGUCCAGUAUUCUAUGGUUAUAGCCAAGAAUAAUGUAAAGUACAAGACGACCUUAACCGGUUAAGAAAUGGUUGGAAAAAUGGUUGUUAGAAUUCAGCCCAAAAUGAAGAGUGGUUCUAGGAAUCAAGCAACGAGAGUGGGCUAAAUGUAAACAUCAUUAACACCUCAACAUUGGUGUUACACGCUAACCUUAAUAACAUGCAGGAACAUAAACAAAGCAGCAUUGGGGAAGCUCUGAAAUACAUAUAAUUGGCCUCGAACCCUUACCUGCCUCCCUUCUCCACCCCCCCCCCCCACACACACACACAUAA